AUGGGAAAAAAUUCAGGACCCGGGAACUACUUAUCCCUCUUUUUUAAUUCUAUCAGACGAGGCUCAAAAGAACCGUAUCCUGAUUUUAUUGCUCGUCUUCAAGAUGCAGCUCAGAAGGCUCUCACUGAUGAAAGUGCCAGGAAGGUGAUUAUAGAAUUGUUGGCUCAUGAAAACGCCAACCCUGAGUGUCAAUCAGCUAUUCGCCCUGUGAAAGGAAAGGUUUCAGUGGGAGUUGAUGCACAAUCGGGAAACAGGAAGAGGGGCCAGCCUCAGGCUCUGCUCCAAACUGGGGCAUUCCCUCUCCAGCAGUUUGUCCCUCAGUCAGCACCAGUGCCUUUAAUCCCUCAAGUGACACAAAUACCUUUAGCCCAACCACCACAGAAUUGGGUACUUUUUUUAGGGGCGGCCACUGUUGAGCCUCCAAAGCCCAUCCCAUUGAAAUGGAAAACUCAAAAACCUGUGUGGGUUGAUCAUUGGCCGCUUCCUCCGCAAAAACUGGAAUUUUUGCACAAUAUUACACUGACUAGCAAAAGAGCAAUUAGACAAGGAUAUAUUGAACCUUCUUUCUCACCGUGGAAUUCCCCAGUUUUUGUAAUUCAGAAAAAAUCCAGUAGAUGGCGCUUGUUGACCAAGCUACGAGCGGUUAAUACCGUCAUUCAACAGAUGGGGGCUCUCCAACCAGGGUUGCCAUCCCCCGCCAUGAUUCCAAGAGAAUGGCCGAGGGUAAUAAUUGAUUUGAAAGAUGGUUUUUUCACCAUUCCUUUGGAUCCCCAGGACUUUGAAAAAUUUGCAUUUACAAUAUCUGCUAUAAAUAAUAAGGAACCAGCUACUAGGUCACAGUAGAAAGUUUUACCCCAAGGAAUUUUAAAUAGUCCUACAAUUUGUCAAACUUUCUUGGGAAGGUCAUUCAGCCUGUCUGGGAUCAGUUUCCUGAUUGUUAAUAUUAUUCAUUAUGUUGAUGACAUUUUAUGUGCUGCUACAAGUAGGCAUAGACUUAUCAAAUGUUUUUCUAUGUUACAAGAAAUGGUGGGGCUUACAGUUCUCGCUAUAGCGCCAAAUAAAAUUCAAACUACUACAUCCUAUCAUUACCUAGGAAUGAAGGUGGAGGAGAGAACAGUUAAGCCCUAAAAGGCAGAAAUUCGUAAGGAGUCCUUAAAAACUUUAAAUGAUUUUCAAAAAUUAUUAGGAGACGUUAAUUGGAUAAAGCCCACCUUAGGAAUCGCCACUUACGUGAUGUCUAACUUGUUUGCUUUGCUGAGAGGGGAUCCAAAUUUACAUUGCAAAAGAACUCUGACGCCUGCAACAGCUUCAGCUGUUAAGAUAAUUGAGGAAAAAAUUCAAAGUGCUCAAGUCAGUAGAAUAGAUCCUAGUGUUCCAUAGCAGCUCUUGGUGUCUACUCUGCAUUCUCUUACAGGAGUGAUUAUUCAAGAUGCUGACUUGGUUGAAUGGUCUUUUUUACUCCACAGUACAACUAGGACUUUUUCAAUUUACUUAGAUCAAAUAGCUAUUCUUAUAGGCCAAGCCCAAUUAAGAAUAGUUAGAUUCACUGGCACUGAUUCAGAUAAAAUUGUAGUUCCUUUAAACAAAGCACAGGUUCAACAAGCCUUUAUAAGUUCAUCAGAAUGGCAGUCUAAUUUAGCUGGUUUUGUUGGCCAUAUAGAUAAUCAUUACCCUAAAACAAAAAUUUUUCAGUUCCUAAAAUUGGCUACCUGGAUUUUACCUAAAACAACCAGUUUUAUCCUCUUGGAGGGGGCUGUAACUGUCUUUACUGAUGGCUCUUAGAGUGGAAAAGCAGCUUAUACAGGACCAGAAGAAAAGGUUAUUCAAACCCAGUUUCAUUCUGCACAAAGAGCUAAGCUACAAGCAGUUAUAUUUGUAUUGGAAGAUUUUGAUCAACCUGUUUAUAUUGUCUCUGACUCUGCCUAUGUAGUUCAGACGACAAUGGUAAAAACAGCUUUAAUAAAAUAUAUUUCUGAUGAUCAGCUAAAUUUUUUUAGUUCACUUCAACAUGCAGUUAGAGUUCGAAACUUUCCUUUUUAUAUUACACAUAUUCGAGCUCACACAAAUUUACCAGGACCUUUAACCCAAUUAAAUAAUCAAGCAGAUUUAUUAGUGACACCUGUUUUAACAGAGGCUCAAGAAUUCCAUUCAUUAACUCAUAUACCCAAUAGACAUUUGAAAUUCUACAAUGAACCCUACGCCGACCGGACAAAAGAAAGGGAAGAAUGCAAAGAAGAAGAAGACUGGUCCCUCCGACCUGUCCUUUCGGGAGCUGAGAAAGAUGGCAAAGCUGAGUGUCUCAGAGAAACAACAGAAGACGGAGAAGACUCGCCAGGCUACACCACCGAUGUGAGAACAGAUAAAGAAGCUGACUCAAAUGGCAGAGGACAGCCUAAAGGAGAAACAACUGGCAAUUACCCCGGGCCAGUUACUUGGAUGGAUUCCCCUAUUGAAGUGUUUACAAAUGAUAGUAUUUGGACGCCAGGGCCGAUUGAUGAUCGCUGUCCUGCACAGCCUGAGAAGGACGGCAUGUUGAUGAAUGUAACAGUCUGUUAUCACAUAGUGAGUGGAAUGUCUUUCCAACCUAUCAUGACUGUAAAAACUUAUGGGGAUGGUUAUUUUCGGUCAAAUUUAAAAGUCAAAAAUUACAAAACUAAAGGACUGGCUUGUCCUAAAAGAAAUCCAAAAUGGUCAGAAAAACUAGAGAUUCUUACUUGGGAGGACUGUGUAGCAGAUGGUGCAGUAGUUUUGCAAAAUGAUUCUUAUGGAACAAUUAUAGAUUGGGCCCCCAAAGGAUCCUUUGCUAGAUAUUGCAUCGGACAAAAUGCUGGGUGCGCUGAGGAUUCCUUCAUGAUAGAUUACAGAGAAAGUCCCAAUAAUCCCCGCACUUUAGUUAGAAGAUUGGAAUCACUAUAUCCAUUGAAAUGGGAAGAUAAAGGUACUGCUCCUCCCUGA